AUGUCAGACACCGUGGUGUCGACGGACGCUUUAAACACCGCGGGUGUUGCAGAGGACGACGACGUGAAUGCCAAGAUUUUCCCCUUGGCCUCCCCGGAGCUGACGAAUCAAAUUCUCGAUGUUAUACAGAGGGCAACUGUGUAUAGGCAGUUAAAGAGGGGAGCCAACGAAGCUGUGAAAAGUCUCCACAAAGGGAUAUCCGAGUUGGUGGUUCUCGCUGCCGAUGCGAAGCCACUGGAAAUUAUAUCGCACAUUCCGCUUGUUUGCGAAGACAAGAACACCCCGUACGUCUACGUUCGCAGUAAGAUGGCACUCGGCAGAGCCUGCGGAAUAUCCAGAUCAGUUAUAGCCACGUCGAUAAUCACGAAGGAUGGAUCCCCCCUCGAGACGCAGAUAACCGAGCUGAAGGACCUCAUUGAGCAGAUGCUCAUUUAG